AUGAUCGUCAACAAAGUGGAAUCGAACAAAUUGAUGACGGACGUGCGCGGCAGAAGCAACCGGAUGAACAAUAGUGAGAACGGCCUAGAAGGCGCCUGCGAUGGUGAUGAAGCAGAAUAUGUCCCACCGGAAAUACCUGCUUCCUCCACAUCGUCGUUAAGAUGUCCAACCGACUGGAUGGAAGUGGACAGUUUGAGAGAUAUUUUCGAUACGGCAAUUCAGUCGAACGUGGACGCCGUACCGGAAGCUGCAGGGUCCAACGAUGGAGAUAUCGAACCAUCGCUGUUUGCAAGCGGAAGCAACUCGCUCGAUUACACACCGGCUCCAUCCACACCGGUGCGAGUUUCCCGACCAAAUCGAGAGUUUUCCCAUGCCAUCCAGAACGCUCUUGCGGAGGAAUCCCCCUACAUGUAUGAUACGAACGGUGGAGAGCCUAGCUAUUCAUCGGCGACGAAUCGCCGAUCAUCCGCAGCAGUUGAUCCGCCAAUAGCACCAAUUCCUAUUAUGCCCAUUCCACCGGCCGCCGUGUUUCCUUCGGCAUCUUCAUCUCUACCGUCCCGUACCCGUGUGCGUUAUGACUAUUCAAAGCACAAUCAAGUAGGCUUUGGUUCGAUGUACCGGCAGUACCCCCAGCACCAUCAUUCCAGCGGCAGCAGCAGUUCAUCGUCGGGAACAUUUGGGGCGCAUGCGAGUCAUGGUGGACGUACGUUUGCCAAUGAUACACCCGUGCCAAAUCAACACCCCUACCAGGUGCACUAUCGCCAUCAGGGCACAUCAUCAUCGUCAUCGGAAUCGCUCGGUUACACUACUAACGAGAACGCCGACAUGCCACCGAGGGCGACUAGCGGCGAGGUAAGACGCGCUCGCAAACGAUACAUCGACGGUGAUAAUGCGGAGCGGUGGCAGAACAGCCGCUGGAACCGAGCCACCGUAUGGUCUAUGGCACAGUUUGAGGAACAGAUGGCAAGAGAAGCAGCUCAGCCACAAACUGCAUCUUGUCCUGGGGUGACAAAGCUCGAACCAAACACCCAAGGCACAUCCACCGCAGUGGUCAAUGGGAAUGGGGCUACGGUUAAAACUGAACCUGAAUCAGCAACACCAGUCCACCAUGAGAUUCGGUGCCGGACACCUCCCACUCCGACAAGGGAUGAACCACCGAUUCCAAUAUUUUCAACACUGUUUAAAGUUGAACCGCUGGAAACGGGGACAAGUGCUGAUGAUACGCCAGCGACAAUACCACCAGAACCUACCGACACAGUCGGUUCUUCUAGCGUGUUUGGACGGGUGCAGGAACAACCGAACGUUCGUCCACAAGCGUCCACUAAUCACCCUGCGGUGAAGCAAGAAACUGCAGACUGCUUUUGUCAGGCAUGUGUACAUUACAGCACGCCAGUAAAGCGAGAAUGUUAUUCGUGUGCUCCACCUGCUCCACAAGCGCCCAUCGUUGCCCCUUCUACCUCUGCUGGUGAACAAUCGGCCGAAACGUCGAUGCCGGAGUCGAAACACACAGUCGUUAAAGUGGAACCAUCGGAAGAUCAAACGAACCCACCGCCUGCUCAUUCUUUCCUUCCUAAUGAGAUUGGUGUGAUUGUGAAACAGGAACCCGAAGCAUCUUCCGCAUCGAAAUGCUGUAACAAUGCUGUCCCGACAGAAGCAGAUGUACCGAUGAAACUGACUCCAAUAGAUACAGCCGCUGAACAAACGAUAACAUCCGCGCAUUCGGAAGAACCGACAGUAAACGGUGCAGAGUCGGUAGUUGAAUCGGCCCGGCUGGAUCUGACCAACAAUGCGUCCAAACUCAAUGAAACGACUGUCGCAUUGUCGCAAUCGUGCCUUUCGGAUUCUAGUUCUUCUGGUACGGUAGGUACUAACGCAAGUACUGGAGCGCAACGGGGAGAUUCCUCGUCGAAUGGAUUGAUGGAAGAAUCAGCGUCAAUGCCGGGACCUAGCGGGUUGAACCGGAUUGGAAGAAACAGCCGAUCCUUUAUGCGUCGUCCAACGUUUGUUAACAGUCGGUUAAAUAGACGAAGAAAUUACCUUCCGUACUACAGUGAUGAUGAUGACGACGAGGACGAUGAAGACGACGAUGAUGACGAUGAUAUAGAUGAUGAUACAGACGAUGUUGCUAUCACUCAUAGCUCCACCAGCUGUAUCAAAAAUGAAGCGGAUGAAGACGUUAUCCUUGUGGAGGACGAUGGCAACGGGAGGAACGACGAAAAAUGCUCAGUGGACGCGGUACAAUCGCAAGCCAAACCAUCCGUUCCGAAGCCGGCAACGGAUCAACCGUCGGUUUCGACCAAUAGCAAUGGGUCGGACAUAACGCCGAUAGUUUCAACGGCAGCCAAAACGGAAGAAACCCCAAAAGUCUCAUCCAGCGGUGGUAGAUUGUUCGGUUCCGAUGCACUCGAUCCACAUCCGGAUUUGCAGCUAGAUUGGAUUACGGAUUCGAGCAGCAUCAGCAUUAGCGAUGACAAUGAAGACAUGGUUAUGCUGAUUCGAUUGGACGGUGGUUCGUCUGCUGCUGCUAGUAGCACCAGCGCGGCACCGGGCUCUAGUACCACGAACCAUAGCACACCCGGGCCAAGAAGGCAGCGUCGUACCAGGAGCCGACAGCCGGCGACUCGUGGCGAACCGAUCGAUUUAACGAACGAUUCGGACGAUGAUACCGAUCUGGAGGUACGGUCAAUGUCGGAACACUACCCGUCCCUAACAUCCCGCCACGAGUUCGCUCAGCGGCAUGUCGUCGGUUUAGGGCGAAUCCACCCGGAGCGAAACGAUUCGUCCGCUAUGAGACGGUACCUAGUGCACACGCUACUGCCGCACAUUAAUGCCGAACGAAGCAACAGAUCGAGUGAUUUUUUCCCACUUCAUUCGAUGUAUUCGCGUGAUCUUGAGUUCCUGUCGGGUGGAUCAUCGGGUCGUUUGUUCAACGCGAGCAAUAUGCGCACGGAUACACCUCCACCACCACCACCACCCCGUUCGUACCGUAGCUACACACCACCACCGCCUCCUUUUGCACACCGGUCCUGCCGGGAGAGUACUAGUCCCGGCCGGCACGAAAGAUGUGCGCUGUCGAUGAACAACACGCCCCCACAUGCGUCGCACCCAAUGCGACCGGGAACUCUCGGUCAUAAUCGUUUUCAACUUUAUACGCGGGUACGGAAUGCUGUCCGCCGUUUUAACGUGCCUUAUCAUGGGUGUGGUACGCAUCAUCGCACCGGUCGAGACUAUCGCAGGGCGCGCUGCCCGGCACCGUACCGUUCGGCGAACGAGACCGUUGCCGAGCGACCGGGACUGCUCGGUUCAAUGCGUCCACUGCCCGUGCACGGUGCGCGCAACGUGCAUACACAUGCGCCUGGCUGCACGGUUUGCCAGCAUCGAUCCCGCGGUCGUCAAAGCUCACCCGCCCUGCAAACGAUCUCUCCUUCGCCGCUGCUUUCUACCUCAUACUCUCCCGCAUCGCGCUCGAUCGAUACCGGCAACGUGAACGGUGAUGCAGCGGCGGAAGUUCCCGACGUGCCACCCGAUGUUGUGGUUGAUCUCGUCGCAUCGAACGAGGAGGAAGAAGACCCGUACGGUAUGCCGCACUGUGAUCGUGCGGAUGUGCUGGUGCCAUCACCCGGUGGCGAGGGUGCUGCUAGCGUUUCGGCCGGCGCUGCGUACGGUACAACUGCCGCCGGUGCUGUAAUCGACAACACGUCGCUCGGUAGCUUUGCCGGGUGCAGCAGUAAUCGCAAUGCGAAUUACACGUCCAACUACAUAUGGCAAAAUCCGGCAAGAUCCGGCUACGAACCACCGUUGCUAAGAAGGCGCGAUAAUGCUGCUCCGUCCGCCGUCAUCACCGUGAGCGAUAGUCCGAUUGAUUAUUCUGCCUCCACAACUCCGUCCCCGCAGCAGCCAGUCGUCGCGCCGGCACCGGACGGUACGGCACAGCCCGCGGCAGGAACGUCUACAAUCGGACGACAGCAGCAGCGUAUCAAUGAUCACAACAAUAAUAAUGCUCCGUCUGCAGCGACGAGACCACCGCCAACGGACGGCCGGGAUCUCAGGGCAGCAUUCGACGGCAUAGUCCCGGAUGUUGCCUGGGGUCCCUCCGCAUCGCUCGACGCACGUGUUCCUUUACCGCCGGCCUCGGUAUCACCGCCACCCUACGGCAGCUCGCGUUACACCACCGAUUGGCGACGGUACGAGCCACCGACCAUUUUCAGCGGCCUCGGCACGAACCGUUUGCGGUCGCAGCGGCUGCCAUAUGCGCCCCACGAAUCGCUCUGGAUGCGGCAGCAUCAAGCGUUGGAAACGCAACGGCGCAUGAUGACGGUCGUGAAUGCGAAUGAUGUCGCUUCGCCACCGCUCCAUCCUUUAACGGCCGGUGGUGGGGGUGGACCACCACCACCAUCGUUUGCUAGCUACGCGGCCCGAAACGGACAGUACGACUCGAUGUACCAGUACGGACCCCCGACUUCGAGCACAGCAGCUACCCACGGUUCGUCCGCUUCUUCGUCCUCCUCUUCAUCCUCGUCCGGUUCGAACGUUGCCCAGGCAAAUGCUUCCUCUUCCGCCUCGAUUGGCUGUUCUCGGCAUUAUAUGCUGUAUCGCCAUCACCACCAUCAUCAUCAUCAUCAUCCCGUUGGUGGUGGUCAGUUGGCUGGAUCCUCUGCAUCCGGUUCCAGUACGGGUGCGGUUCGUGGACAACCACCGCCUCCACCGACCUCGGCAACUGCUAGCGGUGGUGGUGGUAGCGGUGCUGAUGGUGAGGACUACGUGCGCCUUCCGACGUCCAUGCGCAGUACCGUCAUUUUGCCAUACCAUCGCUACCUAGCGAAUCUGCACACACCCAAUCCCCGGAAUAAUCCUCCACCGGUAGCUGACCACGGGUUAAAUCUUCGUGUACAACGGCCGGUUCGGCGUGUUGCAAACGAGCAGAACUAUGUCUUCCGUCGAAACGAUCACCAGCACGUGCAUCACCACAUGUACCAUCACAUACCUUCGCAGAGUAACUUCCUGGGUAGUCAUCCGGAGAUUCAGUUCAGCAUAGGGCUGCGACCGAGCUUACUGUCCAGCCUGAAUCGGUUUGUGCGCGUUAUGGAAGAUUCCUGCACGAGUCGUGGAGCAACACAGGAAAUGAUUGAAACGCACACGUUCCCGCACAAGUACAAACGGUUACGGCGCGUUAGCGAGACGGAUGAGGAUAGCGAAAAGUGUACGAUCUGUCUGUCGCAGUUCGAAAUCGACAACGAUGUUAGACGACUGCCGUGCAUGCACCUGUUCCACAAGGACUGUGUCGACCAGUGGCUGGUAACCAACAAGCACUGCCCCAUCUGCCGCGUCGACAUUGAGGUGAAGUUCAACAAGGACUACAGCAUUUGA